UACGCUGCUGGCUUCUUCUUGCUUAAAUAUGGCAGAUGAUUGCAGCUCUCUCACUCCAAGGAAGCAGAAGAAGACGGCUGCUGUGAAGUAGUGUGAACCUGAACCUUGUCUGAGGUCACUGAGUGAGCUAGCUAGCUAGCUAAGCUCCGAUCGAUCCUAGCUAGCAUACAAUACCACUAGUCUUCUUCACAAGUGUAAGAGACGACAGCAACACGAGAUGGUCGCUGCUAGCCUUCUCAAGUCCUCCUUCCUUCCCAAGAAGUCCGAAUGGGGCGCCACCCGGCAAGCCGCCGCCUCCCCCCGGCCGGCCACCGUCUCCGUCGUCGUCCGCGCCUCCGCCUACGCCGAUGAGCUCGUCAAGACCGCCAAAACGAUCGCGUCGCCGGGGCGAGGCAUCCUGGCGAUGGACGAGUCGAACGCGACGUGCGGGAAGAGGCUGGCGUCGAUCGGGCUGGAGAACACGGAGGCGAACAGGCAGGCGUACCGGACGCUGCUGGUGACGGCGCCGGGGCUGGGCCAGUACAUCUCCGGCGCCAUCCUGUUCGAGGAGACGCUGUACCAGUCCGCCGUCGACGGCCGGAAGAUCGUCGACAUCCUGGUGGAGCAAGGGAUCGUGCCCGGGAUCAAGGUCGACAAGGGCCUCGUCCCGCUCGCCGGCUCCAACAACGAGUCCUGGUGCCAGGGCCUCGACGGCCUCGCCUCUCGCGAGGCCGCCUACUACCAGCAGGGCGCCCGGUUCGCCAAGUGGCGCACCGUCGUCAGCAUCCCUAAUGGCCCCUCUGAGCUCGCCGUCAAGGAGGCCGCCUGGGGCCUCGCUCGCUACGCCGCCAUCUCACAGGACAAUGGGCUGGUGCCGAUCGUGGAGCCGGAGAUCCUCCUCGACGGCGAGCACGGGAUCGAGCGGACGUUCGAGGUGGCGCAGAAGGUGUGGGCGGAGACGUUCUACGCGAUGGCGGAGAACAACGUGAUGUUCGAGGGCAUCCUACUGAAGCCAUCCAUGGUGACGCCGGGGGCGGAGGCCAAGGACAGGGCGACGCCGGAGCAGGUGGCGGAGUACACGCUGAAGCUCCUGCACCGCCGGAUCCCGCCGUCCGUGCCGGGGAUCAUGUUCCUCUCGGGAGGCCAGUCGGAGGUGGAGGCGACGCAGAACCUCAACGCCAUGAACCAGGGCACCAACCCGUGGCACGUGUCCUUCUCCUACGCCCGCGCGCUGCAGAACACCUGCCUCAAGACCUGGGGCGGCCAGCCGGAGAAGGUGACGGCGGCGCAGGACGCGCUGCUGCUCCGCGCCAAGGCUAACUCCCUGGCGCAGCUCGGCAAGUACACCUCCGACGGCGAGGCCGCCGAGGCCAAGGAGGGCAUGUUCGUCAAGAACUACAGCUACUAAUCGCCCGGCCGGCCGCGGCCAUCACCGGAAUACCGCCGACGUACGACCCUCUCCGAGAUACGUGUACUGAUGAUCAUGGUUAAGCACGUACUCCGAUCCAUCUCCCCGUGAAAGCCAUGAUAUGAUCCAUGGACGACCAUGCAUGGUGCUGAUCGAUGCCGUACGUGUCCUGUUACAUAAAUACAUACUAGUAGUAUUACUGCUAGUCGUUUACUGCAAAGAUCAAGCUCGCUACUGCAAAAGUCUGGGAUAAUGUAUGCGUGGCGCGGCGAGAUCUGAGGGAAAAUAAUAUAUAUAUGCAUGUUUCGAGAUGGCUCCUUAUAAUAAUAAUUAAAUACAUACCGCGUGUCCUAUUUUUGCCUCGCUGGCGGCUA